GUGAACAACGCGAGUGUAUCGGAGAUGAAGCAUGCAUGCGAUGAUGCACUGAAGAGGUUUCUGUCACGACCCGAGCUCUUCAAGCAAAUAUAUACACAUACAGACGUACGACUGGCCCUCGGGUGGGCAAGCGUUUUCGUAGCGGGAGGAACAGCACUGUAUGGCUACAAGGUGGAAUUCGAGAAAAGCAAACCUGUCAUAUGGGCAGGCCUCAUCCUGUAUAUCCUGCUGACAACAAUCCAAACACUGUAUGCAUUCUUCGUCGAGGGUAACGUGGUGUUCGUCGGGAAGCGGAAGACAUUUGACAAGCGUAUUGUGACGGAACGGAUAACGAUCACAUCAACUAGCAAGCCUUCCACGCCAAGCUCGCCACCCGCGUACAAGUUGGGCCUCACGUGCGUGCGCUCAACGUCAGGAGGCAAGUCGCUACUUGGCCGGGGACGUGCGCUGGGUGAGCGGGGGUUCAACACGUUCUUCGACUCGCAUGGCGUGAUGGAUCAGGAGGGCUUCGAACAGUGGGCUGGUGAGCUCGUUGGGCGAGUGAUGGAGGGCAAGGGCGAAUGAGUACGCCUGCGCACGCGUGUAUUGGGUGUCCGUUUGUCCAUUAGUCCAUUCUUCGGUUUGGUCGUUGUGCGUUGUGCGUGGCGCACAGUCUCACUCUGCCGGUAAAUAACGAUGGUAGGUAAUGUUCUUUAUAGUGGUUUUGUACGUGUAUGGAUGGAUUCUAUGGAAGGUAGUGUACAUA